GGGGUCAGCCCGGCCCUGUCUCCGAGGAGGGAGGUGGGGGGGGGCCCGGGCCCCCCGCACCUGGAGCAGCGUCACCAAGGCCCGGCAGCUGUCGGUGUCGCUCAGUGGCACCGUCCCAGCUGCCACUCAGCCCCCGGCUCCCUCCCCCUCCGCCGAGUGCCAAACGCACAGCUCGGGGCGGAGAGACGGACCCCGCUUAGCUGGCUGCCGGGGCUGCGGGACCCUCGCCGUGCCGCCCGGUGUGGGGCCGGGGCCUACGAGCCAUGCUGUCCUCUCCGGCCGUCGUGCUACACCCGUACAGCCUGCCCGUCUACCCGCAGGUGCCCCAGUGCUAUCCCGGCCUGGUUCAGGGUAGCCAGGAUGCAGCUGCCCCCGCCGACCCCAUGACUCAGACGUACCCCGCCCCGUACCCCCCGGCCCCGGCCCGGCUGGCCCCGCCGUUCCGCCCGCCCGGUGCCCUGCAGGACUACCCGCCGCAGCCCCCCGCCGAGCACGGCCUGUGUCUCUACCCGGCUGGCCAGCCCCCCCCGGAGCACGCCGCCCCGCCGGAGCCCCUGGGGCCAGCCCUGCCUCCUCCCCCCGCGCCAGCUGAGGAGAGUCCCGCAGCCGCUCUCAGCCCAGAUGGCCAGGAGGCAGAGAGCGAAGACGGCAAAUCCCAGCCCAAGCGGCUGCAUGUCUCCAACAUCCCCUUCCGCUUCCGUGACCCCGACCUGCGGCAGAUGUUUGGGCAAUUCGGGAAGAUCCUAGACGUGGAAAUCAUCUUCAAUGAACGUGGUUCUAAGGGUUUCGGCUUUGUGACCUUCGACAGCAGCCAGGACGCCGACCAGGCGCGAGAGAAGCUGAACAGCACCGUUGUGGAGGGCAGGAAAAUUGAGGUGAACAACGCCACGGCCCGUGUGGUCACCAAGAAGCCUCCGGCAGCGCCUGCGGUGAACGGUUGGAAGAUCAACCCCUUGGUUGGCGCUGUCUAUGCCCCCGACCUCUACACAGUGGCCACCAUCCCCUACCCGAUGGUGGCCCCGGCGGCGCUGGCCUAUCGUGGGGGCCUGCGGGGCCGUGGCCGAGCCAUUUACAGCCCUAUCCGGGCAGCUCCCGCCCCGUCGCCCGUCCCUGCCUACGGGAGUGUGGUGUACCCGGAUGGGCUAUACGGCACCGACGUCUAUGGCUAUGCAGCGUACCGGGUGGCACAACCCCCCGGGGCGGCCGCAGCGGCGUACACCGACGGGUACGGCCGGGUCUACACCGCGGCGGAUCCUUACCACCACGCCGUCGCUCCAGCCUACGGCGUCGGAGCCAUGGCCAGCCUGUACCGCGGAGGGUACAACCGCUUCACGCCGUACUGAGGAACCAGGGGCUGCGAAGGCCGGCGGCCGUGACGGGAAGGGGCCUGGGCAGUGGGCUCUGAGAUCUCGGUGUGGAUAGGGACAGGCCGGGGGGGCACUUUACAUCAAGUCCCCUGCUCCCAACACAGAGUGUCCCAGACGGGUCGGGACACCCAGUCCAGCCCUAGCACCCCAGACCCGUUACGCAGAAUCCCCCUGUGGAACUCCACCUGGCCCCAGCAUCUGUUACCCAGAUCCUGCCUGGCCCUAGUCCCCUGGCCAUAGAGACAAUGGGGUUGGUACAUGCAGAGAGGGGAACACCGCUGCCCACCAGGGAGUGGAGAUGAGGGUGAAUUUGGCCAGUGUUUAAUAUCCGACGCCUGCAUCACACCCGGGGCCGUAAGGGGGUUACCGAGUGGGGCUUGGUCUUUUCGAUCAGUGGUCCUCAACCCUCCCUGCUGACCGUAACCCCGUUCAGGCGUCCGAUUUGUCUUGCCUACCCCCGUGUUUCACCCCUCUUAAAAACGACGUCAACCUGCUGAAUGUGCUCGCCCCAGGGUUUACACUCAGCUGCUGCUCUGGUCAAUAUUUCCAACCCCUCUGGGGUUUUUAGAGCAUGUUGGGGCAUGGGAGGGACAUACUCUCUGAGACUUUUAGCCCUGGCUUGCACACGUGAGUAAAUGUCUAAUACAGUGUGAAUCCCCGCAGUACGUUACCGUAGAAUACAGGCUAGAGAGCAGCAUAAGCCAGGCCUCGUCUGUAUGAAAUGUUAACGACUUGGCUGGUGCUUUUUAUGUCACCUGCUGUAAAACUGGACAACUAGCUAGCUGAGUGGACGUACCCCCCAGAAGACCUCAGUAUCCCCCCCCCAGUUGAGAACCACUGCCGUAGAGGCUGGUGAAAAAAGAAAAGCCAGGGAAAUUCUAAACCUGGGGCUCAGAGGCUCCUGGACUUUAAGGUCAGAAGGGACCAUGGUGAUUGUCUAGUCUGACCUCCUGCACAAUGCAGGCCACAGAAUCUCACCCACCCACUCCUGUAACAAACCCCUGACCUGUGUCAGAGCUACUGAAGUCCUCAAAUCGUGGUUUAAAGACUUCAAGGUGCAGAGAAUCCUCCAGCAAGUGACCCCAUGCCCCACACUGCAGAGGAAGGCGAAAAAACCCCAGGGCCUCUGCCCAUCUGCCCUGGAGGAAAAUUCCUUCCCCACCCCAAAUAUGACGAUCAGCUAAACCCUGAGCAUAGGGGCAAGACUCACCAGGAAGGAAUUCUCUGUAGUAACUCAGAUCCCACCCCAUCUAACAUCCCAUCACAGGCCAUCAGGGCCCAGGAUUGUGGCCAGAGGCCUCAGCUAAGCAGGGAAGAGGGGACUGAAUCUCCAGCAUCUGGCCCCUGGGACCUGAUGUUGACUGAAUUCCUUUUCCAGCUAGUGCCCAGCUCUCCCCGCUGUUCACCCCCUACCCCGUCUCUCUCCAUUUCUCUGCAGCCUUCUCCCCACCCGCAUUGCUCCUGUCUCCCGCAUGCAUCCUGCGCUCUUUCGGCUCCGCACUGGUGCUGGGGGGGGGGGGGGGUCUUUGUGCUCAGCAAAGAACUAGGUAGGGGGGCCUGUCUGAUGUGGUGUCCCUGGCUGGGGGUCGCAUUGACAGCAGGUUGAGUGCUGAGGUGUUUGAACCGUGGCGGAUUUCAGGGUCUUCUCCCAGCCUCGCGCCCCAGCUCAGUCUCUCAGGGAAAGCUCGUGACUGCCAAAGUCUUUCUCCUUUCCCCGUUUUCUCGUGUUGUAAUAAAGCUCUGAUCUCAGUUCU